GAGUAUGCACACCGCGCUUAUUGAACUUAACCGUAAGCAAUUUUAAAACUGCUGUUAUUUCGCGGCCUUUUGCAACCAGCGUAUGUCGUACGUGGACAUGGGUCACAUGGGCAAUGUGGCUGUCAAUAGUGUCAAUCUAUCCAGAGGACCUCUAACCUAUCCUUUCCAUUUGCAGUCUGGCUACAAAAAGGCGCGAAAUAGUAGCUGUAAAGGUUAAGCAGUACGUGAUUUCGGACAGGAACAAGAAAGUCCGCGCAAAGACGAUCAAAAACGUGAUACGUCUAUAUUAUUCUGUGAAAACAUCAUAUAUGUGCGGGCGCGUGUGUGGGCACAGAUUAAAAAUUAGUGUUAAAAAAAGUGAGGAUAUAAAAAAGAUAAAUAGUGUGUCUCGUAUAUCAAUUUGCUUAAGAAAAUAAAGAAAAGAAUUAAUAGUUUAUAUGAUGAUGGAUGACGAGACGAUGAUUGAGACGGCGGUUGACGACACAAAAUGCGUCCUUGUUGAAUUUGAAGACGAAACCGUGGCCGUAGGUUACCUCAACUGGUUAACCAGCCACAAUAACGAAAACUACAUUCAAGAUGUUAUUGAAAAACACCUGGAUGUAGUCACUCGUUGGCCAAAUUGUACAAUUGGGCCGGCGAAUAAAAUGCGAAAAGCUCUGCAAAAGUGCAAUGAGUGGUCGAAGCAUAUGGUCAAGAUUGUUGCAUACGGAGACUGGACCACUAUGUGCAAUCAACUCUCUACAUAUAUAAAAUGUGAUGAUCCUAAUCCUGGGAAACAUGAAAGAAAAUUGUACGCAAAAAAGAAAAUUAGCGAGAGUGAGGACGAGGAAGAAAAUAAAACUAAAAAGACUUUUAAGAAGCAAAAAAAGGAAACUGCAAAAUUGAAGUCAGACGCAAAAAAUACAAUAGGCUACACCAUCUUACAAAAAUAUAAAACCAAAAGCAAUAAAGAUGAUAAAACUAAACAGAUACAGUUUAAUAACUCAUCAUCGAGUGACGAUAGUAUUGUCCAACUUCAAAAAUCGCUGGAUGUGCAAAAAUUGUUAGCCGAAAAAUCAAAACAAUUAGAGGAAGUGAAUAAGAAAUUAAUAGACAUUGUUCAUGUUUCAGAAGCCGUUAAACGUCUGGAAAAAAAAAUUGACAAAAUUGCAGACGCUAUGACAACAAUAGAGUCAUAUUUAAAAUCUGGUGAUAACAUCAGUAUUGUGGAAAAAAAAGUGGACAAAAUUUCAGACGCUAUGAUAAAAAUGGAAUCAUACUUAAAAUCUGACAACAACAGUAAUAAAUUUACCGACAAUGAUAUUGAGAAUAGCAUCAUGGUUCUUUCAGUAUCUGACGAAAUGAAAACUAAACCAUAUGAUAGCUUGUACAUUUCAGAGGAAAUAAAGGAUGAAUUUCAAAACAAUAAUACUCCCAUUACACUUCAUGUUGCUGCAGAGCUGGAAGAAAUUUCUGAGGCUAAUGGUGCAGCAUCAUCUAAAGUAGACGAUGCCAAAGAAAUAAAUUCCAAAGAAAUAAUAGAUGUUACAAAAUCAAAGAUUCCAUCAACCACUUCAAAAAUAUGUAAUAAUGCAGUUGAAUUGAACGGGUGUUGUUAUUUUGGCGAUCGCCUAGUAACAAAAGUGCAAUUAGCCAAACUCAACGAUUCAUCAUUGUCAAAGCUGACGGGCGAUCUACUUUCUAUUGUAUUCGAUAAAAAGGAGCUCAAAGAGAGUAGCUUGACAGGCCAAAAGGCUAAUGCGAACAAAAACAAAAUUGCGACUAAAAAAUUAGAUCCAGACAGAGUGGCUGCCGUGGAAGAGUACGUGUACAAAAAGUUUGGAAAAACGGACGAUAACAUUAAACUUUUCCGUGCGGCUGUACGAACAAAGUGCAACAAUGCAAAAAAAGUCGCAAGUGCUAAUAGCAUUAUAAUAUCAGCUACAGCGGAUGAGUGAUUUUUUAAUAAUCCUAUAUUAUAAUCCUAUAUAAUUUUUACGUUAUUUUAUAUAUU